GUUAUCGCGGGGGCGACGCGGCGCGUGGAGCCGGCCGUGCGCGCCGAGGAGGCGGCGACAUCUGGCGCGAAUCGUGCACAUUCGCUGUUGUCAAGCGGCGCGAUAUCGCGUUGGCAGACCUGUCGGCCGCGCUCGGCGCCUGCGCAGUGCUCGAAGGCUGCGCCGUAGCCGAGAUACGCGCGCGCUAUCUCUCUCUCUCCGCCACGGACGGUGGCACCCGAGUGCGCCGCCUGCCGGCCGAUUCGCCAAUCAUUCGGCAUGGAUCCAGCUCCAUGUUCGCCCGUGAAAGCGAUGCGGUGUCCCCGCGAUUAGGACGUUGUACGAUUCUCGUGUGUGCUGCGAGAACGUCGCGCGUUACGCGUCGCGCUCGUCGCGGCCUCGUCGUCAUCGGUGCUCAUUCGUGCACGUUCGCGAAACAGUGGUGCGUCGAACGACCUCGUAUCGUGUGUCUCAGUGUGGCGUGGCGGCACAGCAACAGCAGUAGCAGCAGCAGCAGCAGCAGUAGCGAUAGUAGUGGUACUAACAUCAGCAGCGGCAAGAAUCUUAACUCGGUGCAGCUCCUACGAGGCGUCCGCGGGGGACCUCGUGGAAGCCGAUCAAGGCUGCGACGCGAGCUGGCGAGGAGGAGCGCUCGUCGGUGCGUGUCGGCGGCGGUGGCGACGGCGACGGCAGCAGCGGCGGCGCGUGCUGCGAGGACGAGGUGA